AGAGGAGGCUGGAAAUGGUGCAGCAUCAACAAGGGGAAAAGGCGCAGCGGUCGCGCCAACGGAAUUAUGCGGCUCUCCUUAAACUCUCACUUUGAGAUUUUACUCCGUCGACAGAAGAACAGGUAAAUGGCAGGGUUUGGUAAAGUGCUGGCCAGCCGAUGCAGUGCGUAGGGCCUGGAGUCCACGGCGACGAAAACAUGAACGGGGCGGGGGAGCAGGUCGACAUCCUGCCCUCCAACUGCUUGGUAAAAGAGCGCUGGAAAGUGCUGAAGAAGAUUGGGGGUGGAGGGUUCGGGGAGAUCUAUGAGGCCUAUGAUCUGUUGACACGAGAGAAUAUGGCUCUUAAGGUGGAAUCUGCCCAACAACCAAAACAAGUGCUAAAGAUGGAGGUUGCUGUGCUAAAGAAACUACAAGGAAAGAAUCAUGUUUGCAAAUUUAUUGGAUGUGGAAGAAAUGACAAGUUCAAUUACGUUGUCAUGCAGCUGCAGGGAAGGAAUCUCGCUGAUCUCAGGAGGAGUCAGCCUAGAGGGACGUUCAGUAUGAGCACGACUCUACGGUUGGGGAAACAGAUUCUGGAGUCCAUUGAAGCUAUUCACUCUGUGGGCUUCCUGCACCGAGACAUUAAACCUUCUAAUUUUGCCAUGGGCCAAUUGCCGUCUACCUGUAGGAAAUGUUACAUGCUGGACUUUGGUUUGGCACGACAGUACACUAAUACGAAUGGGGAAGUGCGGCCUCCCAGGUCGGUGGCUGGGUUCAGAGGGACAGUACGCUAUGCUUCCAUUAAUGCUCAUAAAAACAAGGUAAGUUUCAAAGAGGACGGCCACAGACUGCACGCAAUCCAUUCACUGACUGUCUAUAGCGUAUUACGCGCAAAAUUUGGUAACCUUUCCCCGUAUGACGACAUAAAGGGAAGAUUCCAGAUUGGCUACAUUAAGAACAAUUUUUUAAAAGUUAUAUUUAUGGGCAUUUUCUGCCUUUAUUGGGACAGUGAGUUUCAUAUCUUCUAUGACCAUGUGCUGGAUUUAGAUUACUACACCAAACCUGAUUAUCAGUUGCUAAUGUCAGUAUUUGAGAACAGCAUGAAAGAGAGGGUGAUAACAGAAACCGAGCCUUAUGACUGGGAAAAAUCUGGAACAGAUACGGCCCUCCCCACCAGCACACACACGCCACCACAACAAAACACACGGCAAACUGCUGCCAUUGUGGGGAUGGUGAAUGUGACACCGGUACCUGGUGAAUUACCAAGGGAAAACACUGAUGAUGUUCUGCAAGAUGAACACCUGAGUGACCAAGAGAACGCUCCGCCUGCUUUGAUGCCCAGCAGGCCUAGCGAACCUGCUUCAGCCCCACCUCCUGGUGAAGGGUGGGAUGAAACUGACUUCAACCGUAACAAACUCAGGAUCAGCAUCAGUAAGACGCAAGUAGCAGCAGAGGAUGGGGAGGAGCCUGCAGGAGGAGGGAGGUCUGUUUCCCCGGCGAGGGGGGGAGAAGCAGACGCUCAGGCCCGCCCUCCAAGGUACCGGAGAGUGAACAGCCCAGAAUCUGACCGCCUGUCUGCUGCAGAGGAUAGAGGAGAUGCCGCAGAUAAACGCUCUCGUUUGGACAUGCUGGGUUCUCCAUCCAGGCACAUCUACUCUUCCCAGCCUGCUCAAAUGCUCUCUUUAGAAGCUGGGCAGGGAGAACGACUGGCCGGUGGCCACCAUGAUGUCUCUGCAGAUGGCGACCAGGAAGCCCACAGCAAUGCCUUCAUCCGCUCAGUCCCGCUGGCAGAGGAGGAGGACUUUGACAGCAGGGAGUGGGUGAUGAUUGAUAAAGAAACAGAGUUGAAAGACUUCCAUCCUGGGGCAGAGCCCACAACCUCAGGCACCACGGAUGAGGAACCAGAGGAAUUACGCCCCCUUGAGGAUCACGAGGAGAGGAGAAGGAGAGGACAUAUGCACGGGAUGGGUGGAGCUGAGGCUGUGGUACGACCCAAAACACAACGUGGGAUGAUGAUUGUAGCAGAGGAGGAGGGGGCGGGACCGAGCCCUGCCCAUUCACCUUGUCACUCGUUGCCUCAUACCUGCCCAAGAAGGAGGGAGUCAGAGCCGUUCGGACCUGAUGGACCGGAGGCUGCAGUGGCUGAACCUUCGCCUUCGAUCUCUCAGACGCGUCUGAAGCAAGUCGACUUUGUGUCUGGUGUGUUGAUGUUUGACGAUCUGAGAGAGGAGGGUGUGAAGACUGGAGGCUCAGGCAGUGAUGGAAGCCCUCGCAGUAGUGAGGGAAGUCCAGAGGGCGCUGCAUCCACCCUACUCGCCCCAGCCCACCGGGACCACGACCAGGAAGAGGGCUCACGCACACUGGUGCUUGUGUCUGCUGGUAAUGGGCAGGUUUCGCCUGGUGACGGGCAGGGAACUCUCGCCGCAUUGACACCGCAGGGCGAGCGACCCGUGCCGGAUGAAUCCGAACCCGGUACUCUUUCCUCUAUCUUUAGGUUGGAGCCCAGGCCUAUUGUCAUGACAUCUGCAGCUGUGAUCACCAGCGGCUCUUCCUCGCCGCCGUUCACCAAGGUGGAACGCACUUUCAUCCACAUCGCUGAGACGACGCAUCUCAAUGUCAUGACAGCCAGACACCGUCGUCCUGGACUGGAUGAGAUGAUUUCUACUGAGCGUGAGGAGACGGGUGGAAAGAAAGAGGAGAGAGAAAGGGUCAGUGAACGAGAGCAAAAGGAAAGUGAGGGGAUUACAUUAGAAAGAGGCGAGGAUGAGGGGGAAAAGGAUGAGAGUGAAGCUGAAGAAAAAGUAAAGAAGAGUAACAGAGACGAAGCAGAGGCUUUGUUUUUAGCCGAGUCACAUGACCAGCCAGAGACUACAGUUAUUGAGGAAGAAGUCUCCAAAGAAGCCAAACUGGAAGUCAGACCAGAGGGUGUCCCACCAGAAGUAGACCAGCAAAAGGAACAGGAGCAGGAAGAGUGUCCAUCACUAACACCUGAACAAAACAGAGAUGCAGAGGUGGAGGAUGAGAAGGAUAUGUCUCCACCGGAGGCGGAGUCACCUGAUAGAAAGCCACUCCCACAGAGGCGGAGCCGUAUCCCUGUGCUUAUGUCAGAAGAGGAAACGGGCUCAGACAAGUCGUCGCAGACGAGUCAAGAGCAGUUUCAGCGAACUCGCAAAAGCCGACAACAACAGCUGGCUCGUCUUGUCCUGGAGCGCAAACAAACCCACCUGAUUCGCUCUCGCUCCACCUCCUCGCACUCCCCGACACUCUCAACCACUGCAUCUGAAGAUGAAACCCACCAAUCAGAUGACUCGGCGAGAGGAGAGAGAGGAGCAGAUGGGAAAAUUAGGAGCAGAAUCCCUCGUCCAGUCACACCUAUCAUGGGGUCAUCCGACCAACUGGGCGGCACGACCCUUCCACAAACCCAGAGAUCUGUGUCUUUCAUUCAAUAUAGAACCAACAGUUCUGUCAAUCCCAGGAUUCAAAAGUCUGCAAGUCUGCACACAAAUAUCCAUCAGCAGCCGGCUAAACCUCAGCUCCGUCCCUCUCAAACACUUCCACCCCGUCCUCCAUCUUCAGGCCCUUCCCAAUCACAGGGAAGUCGGACCGCCACACAUACCGUUACUCGUACCUCAGUUGUUAAUGCCACCCGAAGCAUCAGCACUUCCCCUCGGAGCUACGCCACCUCUCGCACCGACAGCCCUUCGCCUCAGCGCAUUCGCCGACAGCCUGCAGCCAAUGAAACGCAACGACAGCCCAAACCUCCUUGCCCACCGCAGUCCAAAUCCAAACCUCAGGAUUCCACCCCCAAAAAGAGCAAAACCCACCCAUCAGCCUCAUCGCAAAAGGCAAAGAAAGAUCCACUGGAGUCAAAGACUAAAACAAGAUAAUUAAGACUUCAUUCCUUCAGGUGAUCUUCAGGUGAUCAGCAUCAUCAUCAUCAUCAUCAUCACAAUCACUCUCUGAAUCAUCAGUGUUGGACUGUACGUCUCAUUAAACACAACAAACUCAACCAAACAAUAUGGAUGGAUGUGUUCGUUAUUCAGCCAAGUGACUGCAGCAGCUACGAAAUACCUCUAAUGAGGAGAACCUCUGACAUUUAUACACACACACACAGUGUGUGUGCGGGCGAGUUGUCAUUAAUGAAGUGUGUUGGACAGAUGAACACACCUCAUAUGCCUUAAAAUAAUAAUUGCUGCCGUCACAACAAAGCUUCCACAGGCUCUACCCUCCUGUCAACGCCACUAUCAUGUUCAAUAAUACAA